AUGAACGUUAGUGAGUCCAGUUUUGAUGCUACCACUAUGCAUAACAACUACAUUGAGUUUGAUCUUGAGGAGUUUCAAGUGAAUCACCUUAUCAAAUCAAAGAAUGAGAGAUUGAAAAUACAAGAGCAAGAGUAUAGAAGACUACAAGUGAUGACAUUAUUGAAAAAUGAAGAAUUGGUUUUUUCUUAUAUCUUAGCACAAAAGAAUGAACAAAUAGCAGAAGUGAGAAAUAUAAACUUGGAGUUGGAAGAAAAUUUAACAAAAUUAGAGACUGAUAAUCAAUUAUGGCGGAAAAUUGCUUAUGAGAAUGAAUCUAUGGUUUUGUCUUUGAAUAAUGCCUUAGAAGUUAUGAAACGAAAAAGAUGUUAUUAUCCUGAAGAUAUAGAGUCAUGUUGUGACAUGAAAGUGGUUGAAGAAGAAACAGCUGAGAAUGUUAUAGUGUGUCAUGAAAUUACAACAAGCAUAAACAUGAUUUGCAAAGGUUGUCAUUUGAAUGAAUCAACUUUCUUGUUUCUUCCUUGUCGACACCUUUGUUCGUGUAAAGCAUGUGAGCAUUCUCUCAAAGCAUGUCCGGUGUGUUUCAUGGAAAAGAAAACUAGUAUAGAGAUCCUCUAUUUUCUAAGUUUAUAA